GGCAGGAAGUUGACAACUGUUGAACAGGCUGAGACGGAGAGAAAUAAACACGAUGAAAACUUUGAUUAAAGCUAUAUUUAAAAGGAGAACAGAAUCAAGUUUGCGUUCAGAAUGUUCCUGCUGGUGUUUGUAGUUCUUCUGGGGACAGUAGUGACGGUAAACAGCGAGAAACAUUCCCUCACGUACAUCUACACGGCCCUCUCCAAACCUGUGGGACUCCCGGGCAUCCACGAGUUCACAGCCAUGGGUCUGCUGGACGGCAAGAUGAUCGACUACUACGACAGUGAGCAUCAGACCAAAGUCUCCAAACAGCCCUGGAUGGAAGAGCGACUUCCUAAAGAGUACUGGGACAAAGGAACACAGUCCCGCCGGAGCAAGCAGCAGUGGUUCAAGGUCAACAUCGACAUCCUGAUGAAACGGAUGAGACAGAAUGACACCGACGUCCAUGUUCUCCAGUGGAUGGUCGGCUGUGAGGGCGUGGUACAAGCUGACGGCUCUUUACGAUAUCACCGUGGCAUAAACACGUACGGUUAUGAUGGAAACGACUUCCUGUCCUUCGAUGAUAUCCACUCAGUCUGGGUCGCCCCGAAUGAUGCAGCUGUCCCCACCAAGAGGAAGUGGGACGAUGUCCAGGUCCUGACAGAAUACACCAGAGGCUACCUGGAGAACGAGUGCAUGGACUGGCUGGGGAAGUUCAGGAGUUUAGGCGAAAAUCAGAUAAGAAAAGCCCCUCCUCCUGAAGUGUUUGUGUUUGCGAGAAACACCAAAGUUGAGACCAACGUCAUUUUGAUGUGUCUGGCCACAGGCUCCUAUCCAAAAGACAUCGUCCUCAAUAUCAAGAGGAACGGCCGAAUUCUAACCAGAGAGGACGGAGUGGUGACCUCAGGAGUUCGUCCAAAUGAAGACGACACCUUCCAGAGAAGAGACUCUGUGGAGAUUAAAAGAUCAGACAUGUCUGAUUACAGCUGUGAAGUCAUUCAUGCUGUAUCUGAUAUGUAUGUGGAGAAGCCCUGGGAUCAUCAGCUUCUUCCUCACUCUGGUGGAGCGGCUGUCAUCACUGUUGCAGUUGUCUCUGUUCAGGUUCUUGUCUUGGUUGCCCUUUUGGCGCUGGUGGUUCUGAGGAGGCGACGCAUCCUUGGAACUUUUGCCAGACGCAUGACAUUCAAGUACUCAGCUCUAUUACAGGCUGAAGAUUCUCCAGAGGUGUUUGAAGAUCUUCCUCCAGAUGAACUCAGGGAAUCCAAACUUUCCUGAAAUGCAGCUCUGUCUCUGCCUCAACAGCCACAGAACAGGAGAAUUAUUCCAUCAGUGAACCAUCGAUAUCAUCAGAUCUAACUACCACGGCCUCGUGUUGUUUCUUUUCAGCAACUUAUUAAGAUAAAACAUUCUGAUGGCGUUGGUUCCAGAAGGAUUUCUAAACUUGUCAUUGUUCCAGUGAGCUGUUGUGGCCAUAAUCUGGAAAUGGAAAGAACAUCAUUGGACCAUGAACCGGCCAUGGCCAGGUGCUGCUCACAAGAUUUCUGACAGAGGAGUGAAAAGAAUUAUCAGAAGAGUUGUGCAAGAACCACCUGGAAUUAGCAGGUACAAUAGUUCCAAAGAAAACAAUAAGCAACGCACUCAGCGGCUACGGCCUGUAUGCACGCUCACCACCAAGACUCCAUGUCUGAAGAACAAGCAUGUUGAAGCUUGUUUAAAGUUUGCUGCACAACAUCUGGACAAAAUACUGGGAGAACAUAGUCUGGUCAGAUGAGAGCAAAGCUGAACUCUUUGGAUGCUAUAACACACACCAUGUCUGGAGGACACAAUGCACAUCAGCCCAGAAACACCAUACGACAGUGAAGUCUGGAGGUGGAACAUCACGGUGUGGGGCUGUUUUUCUACAUAUGCUACUGGCAAACUUCAUAUAACUGAAGGGAGGAUGAAUGGAAACAUGUACCGAGACGUUCUUGAUAAAAAUCUGCUGCCAUCGACCAGAAUGAUGAAGAUGAAACGAGGGUGGACGUUUCAGCAAGACAAUGAUCCCAAACACAGAGCCAAGGAAACUCUACACCGGCUUCAGAUAAAGAGAAUAAAGCUGCUAGAACGGCCCAGACGAUCAGCUGACUGGAAUCCAGCUGGACAUCUAUGGACAGAACUAAAACUCAGAGCUGAUGGAAGAGGCUUCAAGAACCUUCAUGAUCUAAAGACUGUUUGUGAGGAAGAACCUCAGCAGCAUGAGACUAGUUUCUCCAAACAGGAGGCGUCUGGAAGAUUCAUCACCAACAAAGGCUUUUCUAGUAUUAAAUAAAUAUCAGUAAGUGUGUUCGAGACUUUUUCCCUCCGUUAUUUUACAUUAUUACACAUAACUUAAUUUCUGAACUCAUUGGUUUUGGUUUCUUUCUAUGUGUGGAUUAUUUGUUACCAGCACCUGGUGAAAAUUUCAUGUCAAUGUCACUUAUGUUGACUGUGAAACACUGUGAUGUGUUCAAUACUUAUUUUACCUGCUGUGUGUGUGAGAUAGGAGGGUGCACAUGCAUGUAUGUUGGUGUGUAACUAAUUAAUAAUAAAUUAAUAGAGUCGUAGGAGGAGUUAAGAAGAAACGUGCCAUAUAACAAUAGUUCCUCCUCGGUGCGUUGCCUCGUCGCUGUUCUACUGUCCCAGGUUCAAGCUCCUCAAUCUUUUCAUUGAAGUUGAACAUUUUCUUUGAUUUGUGUUGUAGCUUUAAGUCAUUAAGGGGAAAUCGUGGGUCCUGAAGACGGACCAGUUGAGAACUGGUCUAAAGGAGUCCAUUCCUCAACGGAUCAGCACAAUAUUAUGAAGAUGGUCAUAAUGUUAUGGCUGAUCUGUGUGUGUGUUCCAUCAUGAGUCUGAAGAACAUCAGAGCUAAAACACUGCGGUCAGUGUGUCUCAGUGUGGCCAUGAGUAUUAUGGGAUGUGGACAGUUGUAGUUCCUGACAGUGGCCACUGGAGGGCAGUGAACUUCAUAGUUUCCCUGUGGCCAUUAAACUGACAUCAUGCAGUUCAUCGUUUCACCACCAGAGGGAGACAAAGCAACAAUCACUGCUCAGUUUCUGUAGUUUGAGAUGAGAAAGUUUUUACUGAGGGUCUCACAGUUAAUUCACUAAUAUAAACCAGUAAAAAAUAAAGAUAUACUUCCUCCCACUCCUUUUCAUUAUUGAAUCAGAUUAUGUGAAUUUUUUAUUCUGUGUUAUUUAUGUUCAUUGUGUCCAUUCUUGAUAUGCCUGUGAAGGUUCUCAGUCCAAAACGUGUUGAAUAAGGGCAACUGGACUUAUUGAUGAUUAUUGUUUGCUUUUAACGUGUUCAAACUAAAAUAAAAUUAAACUAAAUGAAUAACAA